AAAGGUAUUUGGUCUACUUAUGAAUAUGUAUAGGUACCAUAAUUUACGGAAACCACAACAACUAUAUCGAAUUCUAGGUCAGAUUAAUCUGAAACCAUGUUUCCUGCAGCCCAAGGCUGGGAUUACCGGUAAAGUCAUGCUGAAUUUGGGUAAAAUCAUGCUUUACUAUAUAACUGGGUGUACUAUUGAUUGUGCAAUUCAAUUGAGUUUGUUCGAAUACACAGUGAUCAUGAAUAAGUUGAAUUUUGUUUGUGUAGCUUUAGUAUGCGUUGCUGGAUCUAUUUUGGCAGUGUCUCCAGCACAAAAGGCGGCAAUCCAAGCGAAGCUGUUAUCAGGCGGUUUAGCAUGCAUCAAGGACCAUCCGCUCUCAGCUGCGGAUAUCAGGGUGUUUAGACAGAAGAUGCUGCCGGACAACGAGAACGCGAGGUGCUUCGCGGCGUGUUUGUUUAAGAAGAUCGGCAUUAUGGAUGAUAUGGGCAAACUUUCUGCAGCCGGGGCUCAGGACAGUGCCAAAUCAAUCUUUAAAAACAAUGACGAGCAUUUGUCUAAAGUAGCAGAACUUAUUGGAGAAUGUUCUUCAGUGAACGAAGAAAUGACAGUGGAUGGUGAUAAAGGAUGCGACCGAGCCAAGAUGGCGUUCACGUGUCUUACUGAUCAUGCCCCGAAGUUCAAUUUUGACAUCGAUUUUUGAAAGGAUCAUCAAAAUUAUAACCCCAGAAAGAAGAUAAUGUCGAAAGAAAUCAAUAUUUAUAUAGAAAUAAGUUCAUAUUGUAAGCAUCGGAUAGCGAACUUCGUGACAUGUAUUUAUUUGAAUGUUUGGAGUUUAUUGUGUCAAACUUAUUUGUACCUGAAUAAAAUCUUCGAAAAAAGU